AUGGGCCAGAAGCUGUCGGGGAGCCUGAAGCCGGUGGAGGUUCGAGACCCGGCGGCGGCGGCGGCGGCGGCGGCCGGGGCGGCGGCCAAGCGCGAGGCGGCGCGGGGCGCGGAGGAGCCCGCCGGGCGGCGGCGCCCCGCGCGGCUGGAGCAGCUGCUGGACAUGCCGGCGGCGGGCCCCGCGGUGCAGCUGCGGCACGCGUGGAACCCCGAGGACCGCUCGCUCAACGUGUUCGUCAAGGACGACGACCGGCUGACGUUCCACCGGCACCCGGUGGCGCAGAGCACCGACGGCAUCCGCGGCAAGGUCGGGCACGCGCGCGGCCUGCACGCCUGGCAGAUCCACUGGCCGGCGCGCCAGCGCGGCACGCACGCCGUGGUGGGCGUGGCCACGGCGCGCGCGCCGCUGCACUCGGUCGGCUACACGGCGCUGGUGGGCAGCGACGCCGAGUCCUGGGGCUGGGACCUGGGCCGCGGGCGCCUCUACCACGACGGCCACGACCGCCCCGGCGUCGCCUACCCGGCCGGCCUCGGCCCCGGCGAGGCCUUCGCGCCGCCCGACUCGCUGCUCGUGCUGCUCGACAUGGACGCCGGCACCCUCAGCUUCGCCGUCGACGGCCGCUACCUGGGCGUGGCCUUCCGCGGCCUCCGCGGCCGCAAGCUCUACCCGGUGGUGAGCGCCGUCUGGGGCCACUGCGAGGUCACCAUGCGCUACAUCAACGGCCUGGACCCCGAGCCCCUCCCGCUGAUGGACCUGUGCCGCAGAGCCAUCCGCUCGGCCCUGGGCCGCCAGCGCCUGCAGGACAUCGCGGCCCUGCCCCUGCCCGAGUCUCUCAAAAACUACCUGCAGUACCAGUGA